AUGGUUCCCUUCAGGAUGUUCCCCCAUGCCAUGCUGUUCACCAAGCAGUCUGGGAGACCUUCAGCCACGAUGGCUUAUCUGCGAGCGGUCGACGUGAAGAUCCUGCAGCAGCUGGUGGUGGUGAAUGAUGGCAUCGAGGCAGUGAAGUGGCUGCUGGAGGAGCUGGACACGUUGGCCGAUGACAUGGAUGAGUAUUCCCAAAAUGCCGCUGAAACCGCCACCGCACCCGUGCCGGGCAGAGCCCUGGUGAGGGCGGAGCAGGAUUGGGUCAGGAUGGACCCCGAGAGGGGGCUUGCAAAGCAAGAGAAGGGCAGAGCGGAGCACGAGUGGCCCCACGUGGACCUCUCCCCACCCGGGCUGCCCCAGGAUCACCGGUUUGCUAAGGAGCCCCAGGUGGCCAACGGGUAUUUGGGCCAGCAGCCGCCUUCUCUGGAGCCGGGCAGAGACACCAAAUUACCAUCGGGGACUGGGGAGAGGCUGGGGAAGGGGAACCCGGGUGGGAAGGCUCGGAAAGCCGAGGCUGACCUCGAGAACUGCAAACUGAACAGCAAACUGCACCUGGAGUACGAUGCCCACUGGCGCUGGCUCCAGUCUCAGGACGAUGUGACCUUCUUGUAG